AUGCGUUAUAUCCAAUUGUUAUAUGAAGCAGCUGAAGAGAUUCGGAAAUCAAAAAUCGUAACAACAGAAGAAUCGUCAACAGAGACAGAGACUAACAUCGAUAUUUCAGACGAGAUACGCUUGAUUCCAGUAUCAAUUGCAGAAACCCUGUCUGUUCGAGACGUCAGAUCAAAACAUAUGGGACGACUUGUUAGAAUGGAAGGCGUGGUGACAAAAGUGUCAACAGUUAAACCGAGAUUGCAGAUUGCGUAUUAUCGAUGCGAAGACUGUGGAUGUGAAGCACACCAACCAAUUGACGCCCCAUCGUUCAUGCCAUUAAUGUUUUGUCAAUCUGAAGCGUGUCGUAAUAAUCAGAAGAAGGGCGAGUUAACUCUGGAACUUGUGGAUUCAAAGUUCAUUAAGUAUCAAGAAAUUAAGAUUCAAGAACCCGCCAAUCGAGUCCCAACAGGCUCAAUUCCCCGAACUCAAAAGCUUGUUGUGGAGGGAUCACUGACUCGUCGUCUCGUCCCUGGAAUGAGUGUCGUUCUCGCUGGAGUCCUUCUUCCUGUCCAAAACACCGGAUACCAAGCUCUUCGCUCCCAUCUAAUAGCAGAAACAAAAUUCCACGUCCAAGAUGCGAUUGUGGCGAAAAAAGGAUACGAGGAAAAUAUGAAUGGGUUGAAUCUUGAAGAGAACCAAGAAACAGCAAAGAUUCUUGAUCGCUACAAAAACGAUCCUGAGUUGUACGAAAAAAUGGCUCGAUCGAUGGCUCCAUCAAUCCAUGGCCUUGAAGAUGUUAAAAAAGUUCUUCUGCUUCAACUGGUUGGAGGAGUAACAGAAAAAUUUGAAGAUGGAAUGCAAUUGCGUGGCGAUAUUCAUGUUCUGUUGAUGGGCGAUCCCGGAGUUGCUAAAAGUCAAUUAUUGGGGCAGAUCUGCAGAAUUGCACCAAGAGCACAUUACACUACAGGAAAGGGGAGUAGCGGCGUCGGUCUGACAGCGUCCGUUGUACGGGACCCAUUAACGGGAGAUUUCACACUAGAGGGUGGAGCUAUCGUGUUAAGCGACAGAGGGGUGUGCUGCAUUGAUGAGUUUGAUAAGAUGGACGAAUAUGAUCGAACAGCAAUCCAUGAAGUGAUGGAGCAGCAAACUGUCUCUAUCAGCAAAGCUGGAUUAACAACCACAUUGAACGCCAGGACGUCAAUACUUGCUGCUGCUAAUCCUCAGUAUGGACGCUAUGAUAUAAGAAAGACUCCAAUGCAAAACAUGAAUCUUCCUGCUGCGUUAUUAUCCCGAUUCGACAUUCAAUUUUUGCUGUUGGAUAAAGCAGAUCGCGAGGACGACUCGAGAUUAGCAAGACAUGUGUUGAAAGUGCAUCAACUGUCAUCAUCCGCUAAUCGAGUGGACUCGACCGCGACGAAUGGAGGAGGAGUCAGUCGCGAUAUAGAUGGACAAGAGAUUUUUGAUGCCGCAACGAUUCGAUUAUUAAUUUCAAAAGCGAAAACUUACAAUCCCCGAAUCUCUGAGACUCUGAUCAAGGAAGUUGUGGAAUAUUAUGUCGAUUUGCGUCAAACUGAAAGACGAAACAUGAAUGCAGAAUCGACAACUUAUACAACACCACGAACACUUCUUGCUGUUCUGCGUCUGGCUCAAGCGUGCGCGAGACUUCGAUUCUCUGAUAUCGUGGAAAGAGGAGACGUCGAGGAAGGACUGCGACUGAUUGCAGAAUCAAAGCGAUCUGUCACUGAAGAACAAGAAGCUGCUCAGCGAAAACGAAAGAAAGCAGACUAUCAGAGUGACAUUCUUGAUAUAUUGAAAGAUAUUGAUAAUCGAUAUUCGAAGCGUGAUGGAUGGAAUGGAUGGUUACCAAUGAUUGAAAUAGAAGGACAAGUCGCUCGAAUGGGUUUCACUAAGGAGCAAUUAUUGAAGACGAUCGAGGCGUAUAUUGAGUUGGAAGUGCUUCAAUGGAAAAGCGAGACAAACAGGGAAGUCGGUUUUAGCGUGCGUUUGAGUGAAGUUGCAUAA